GCUGUGCGGCGGCUGCCGGCUCCGAGCGACCCGCACGGGCGGGAGCCGGGCGGUGGCCGGGCUGGGGCGGUCCCCGCGGCUCGAGACCGUACCGUCGCUCCCUGUCCGCGCCGUGAGUGCGGGUCCCGGCGGCGAUCCGCGGAGAGAGUGGAGUCUUUGGAGGCUGCCAGGUGCAACAUUAUACUGCAUAUCAAUCAGUAAUUCAAGUCACUUUAAAUAUAAUGGAAAAAUAUGAAAAACUAGCUAAGAUUGGAGAAGGGUCUUACGGGGUUGUAUUCAAAUGCAGAAACAAAUCCUCUGGACAAAUAGUAGCUAUUAAAAAAUUUGUGGAAUCUGAAGAUGAUCCUGUUGUUAAGAAAAUAGCACUAAGAGAAAUACGUAUGUUGAAGCAGUUAAAACACCCAAAUCUUGUGAACCUCAUUGAGGUGUUCAGAAGAAAAAGGAAAAUGCACUUAGUUUUUGAAUACUGUGAUCAUACACUUUUAAAUGAGCUGGAAAGAAACCCAAAUGGAGUUUCUGAUGGAGUGAUCAAAAGUGUAUUAUGGCAAACACUUCAAGCUCUUAAUUUCUGUCACAAACAUAACUGCCUCCACAGAGAUGUAAAGCCUGAAAACAUUCUAAUAACAAAGCAAGGAGUAAUCAAGAUCUGUGACUUUGGAUUUGCACGAAUUCUGAUUCCAGGAGAUGCCUACACUGACUACGUUGCUACAAGGUGGUACCGAGCACCAGAGCUUCUUGUGGGAGAUACGAAGUAUGGGCCCUCCGUCGACGUCUGGGCUGUCGGCUGCGUUUUCGCAGAGCUCCUGACUGGCCAGCCACUCUGGCCUGGCAAAUCAGAUGUGGACCAACUUUAUCUGAUCAUCAGAACACUGGGAAAACUAAUCCCAAGACAUCAGUCUAUCUUUAAAAGUAACCAGUUUUUCCACGGCAUUAGUAUACCUGAACCAGAAGUCAUGGAAACUCUUGAGGAAAAGUUCUCAGAUGCUCAUCCUGUGGUUUUGAAUUUCAUGAAGGGUUGUCUGAAGAUGAAUCCAGAUGACAGACUAACUUGUGCCCAACUCUUGGAGAGCACCUACUUUGAUUCUUUUCGAGAAGAUCAAAUGAAAAGAAAAGCACGUAAUGAGGGAAGAAACAGAAAGCGUCCGCAGGUACCUCUGUUCAAAAAAUCAACUGUUGCCUCUCAUACCAGGAAGCUACAUCUCCCCCACACCUGAUGGAAGAAAACAAGUCCUCCAGUUAAAAUUUGAUCAUCUUCCAAACAUUUAGGAAAAAUGUUCUUUCAAGUGCAAAGUAAUUUAAUAUGUACAUAUUUUUUGUACAGUCAAGAUAGGAAUUCUCAGUGUUUCAAAUGCAAAUGAGCCAUAUGAAAAUUAAGAUGCCUUCUAGAAUUGUUUUGCUCUGAUCAUUGCUGAUUCCUUUCCCUGUGCUUUUUACAUGCCAACUUUUUCUUUUAGAACAUUUUCUUUAAAUGUUAUUAAGGCCUGAAACUGCACAUAUGGAGGAGACAUUUUCAAUUUCAUCAGAGCAGCCCUGCUUAGACAAUUUACAUUGAGAAUUCAUCUGCUUGAACUUUGUGAAAAAGACUUACAUAGAUCAUCUUGCUUUAGCUGGCCACAUAAUAUCUGAAAACAAUAUCAAAUCUCCUGACUAGCUGCUGUUUGAGCAGGGCAUGACUUUAUGUUCCCACAUUAUAAUUCACUCUCAUUGUGACCAGGACUGUUGAGCAAUGCUGGCAUUUUAUUCCAUGUUGUUAUAUUGGUGCAGGAAGGGCAGCUUAAAGGUUGUCUAGGUUUAUGCCUUUAUUCCAGGGCAGACUCUAUUUGCUCUGUCUCAUGAAACAUUGACGAUUUUAUUUUUAAAGGUAGCUAGAGGAAAUUCCAUGCAAAAUCCAUACAUAGCAAAUAGUAGGCAAAUAACAGGAGUCACCAUCCUCAAUGAUGCCCUUGAGUAGCUGGUGCCAACUCUAAUGCUGUCCUUGGUACCUCGUGAGUUCUUAUCGUUUCUCCUGGCUAACUCAUCUCCCUAUUGGGAGUGUUGUCUGAACAGUUCAUUGCAAAUACUUUCUCCAGAGUAUUGGCAUUCGUAACCUACAUGGAUGCAAUAGAGGAUGCAUGGAUUUCUAUGGAUGGAACUUGUAAAGUCCUGAACUACUGAGUAUAUCAUAACCAUCCUGGGUUUGUAAAUGCUUACAAAAGCAGGAAGAUUAUCUUUCAGUUAAUUUAAUCCUGGGUCUUCUACCAAAAAAUAAGGCAAAUACCUCAGUAGGUAAUCUGGAAUUAUGUUGGAAUAUUUUCCUAAGUAAACUUGACACCCAUUUGCGCAUGCGAACACACAUUCGUAAUUGUAAAUUUUGAUGCCUUUUGUCUCAGACAUCUUAAAAUGAAGCAGAGUGGUUAAAAUACUUUCAGUUUGCUAACAAGGAAUUCAUGUAUAAUAAUAGCACAGAGCUGUCUAUUCCUGUCUGACAAAAGGCACAAAACAGUGAUGUUUCCAUUAGUUACAAUUAAGAAGGUUUCAUUAACUCUUUUCUGCUCCUGAAAUAUUACCUAAAUAUUGUCAAAUUUUGCAGAAACAUAUUCCAGAAAUUCUUUUGUCUGGCACCAACAGCAUAUAGUGUUAUUAAUGAG